GUGCCUGGAUCGCCCGAAGUGCCGCCGGAAGCAGCCGAAGCGCCGCCGGACGCACGUGGGACCCCCGCAGGUGCCAUGUGGGCCGUGCUGGGUUGGGCGCUGCUGCUGCUGCGGGCGCCGCACGGCGCUGCGGGCGGCCGGCCCUGCAGCCCCAAAUUCUUCGGGCGCGACGCCAUGGUGUGCGUGUGCAGCGCUGCCUACUGCGACGCGGUGGAGCCGGUGGUGCUGCCGAGCGCCGGCAGCUUCGUGAAAUACGAGAGCAGCAAAGCUGGGAAGCGGCUGCAGCGCAGCGAGGGGAGCUUCCAACGCAACGCCCCGAGCUCAG